AUGGCAACAACUGUUAAUUAUUGGUCACAAAAUUCUUUAUCAGAUUAUAAACCUGAAUUUCAAGAAAUUCUGAAACCAGCAGAGCCCAUUAACAAAGAAAAUCAACUGCUUCUUCAAAAAAUUGACAUUUUGCAAUCUAUGGUGGACAAAUUAGAAAAUGAAAAAGACGCCCUUACCUACACAUGCUCAGAUCUGAAACAGCUGCUGCAGUGCGUAGCCAAGCAGCACGACAAAAACGCUGAAAGGCAAAGGAAAAACAUAAAAGAUCUAGAAAACAAAGUGGCAAACCUGAAGCAGGCCUUACAUAUUUCCGAAAUUCAUUCUGCUCAUCUCUCUUCCAUCAGUAGUUUUUGGGAGGAUGUCAUCCGAGAAUAA